UGUUCGGUACAUCAACAAAACAUAACCUCUAGUUUUUAUUUGAAGCUGUUUAUAAUUUAACUAGUUUUUAGUCUAUAAGUUAAUAAUAUAUAGAAUAAUGGAGUGCGUCUUGGCAAACGUCGAGAACAUCAGGUUCGACAUCGAAGUAGCGUUGGAUGAGCAAUAUGGGGCUCUACCAUUGCCUUUUCCUGGGAUGGAUAAAUCUAUUGCUGCUGUAUGUCAAUUUUAUGCCUCUCCAUUGGGGUGCCAGAAGGGCCAGCAUUGCCCAUUCCGCCAUGUCAGAGGAGAUAGAACAAUUGUGUGCAAACAUUGGUUGCGUGGCUUGUGCAAGAAAGGAGAUCAAUGUGAAUUCCUUCAUGAAUAUGAUAUGACCAAGAUGCCUGAGUGCUAUUUCUACUCUCGCUUUAAUGCAUGCCACAACAAGGAAUGUCCAUUCCUCCACAUCGACCCAGAGAGCAAAAUCAAAGACUGUCCAUGGUAUGAUAGGGGCUUCUGCAGGCAUGGACCUCACUGCAGACACAGGCAUGUGAGGAGAGUGCUGUGCACGAAUUACAUAGCCGGUUUUUGCCCAGACGGACCAGAGUGUAAAUUCAUGCAUCCUAGAUUUGAAUUGCCUGCACCGCCCGACCAGAAUCUCAAGGACAUGAAGAAACCACCUGUUAUUAUUUGCCACUUCUGCGGUGAGCAUGGGCACAAGGCUAUCCACUGCGGGAAAAUGUGCGUCGAUUCCAACAAUAUCCCAUUGGAGAACAACCAUAUGCACAACAAGAACGGCCAUCAGUUGGACGGACAGAAUCCGCAGCUCUUCCAGAGAGUUAUGCCGAAGAAGUUGGAAGAUGUGACUUGCUACAAGUGCGGCAACAAAGGUCAUUAUGCGAACAGGUGUCCAAAGGGUCACCUGGCGUUCCUCUCUCAGGCCAAGGCGCUGCAGGAUCAUCAAGACAAUUGAAUUUAUAUUAUACAAGCAUUUAUGAAACUGUAGAUAGUGGAGGGUGUAUAAUAAAUUAUUUUUU